GUCAUUUUCUGCAAGCCCCUCUCGGGUUUCGAUUUAUAGCAAUGAAAUUGAAUCUGGGUCUCAUGAUUUGGCUUUUAAUUAUGCUUUGGGACCUAAAGAAGAUGAGGAAACUGGAAAGAUCCCCGUUAAAGCUUACUUCCUCUGUACCAGUAUUAAUUUGAAGAGCAUGCAAGCAGAGAAUUUAAGCAAUGUUGUUCCUCCUACCUCUCGCUCAACAAAUUAUAUUGUCCUCAGAUUUUUCGAUUUCUCUUCAGAAAUUAGUGCACUUGGAAUAAGAGAAUAUGUCAGCUGCCGCUACAUGGUUGUAUUCCAAUAUGGAUCUGCUGUUCUAUUUAAUAUUGAGGAUCCUGAAGUUGAAAGGUACCUGGAAAUAGUAAGGAGGCAUACUUCUGGAUUGCUCUCCGAGAUGAGGAAAGAUGAUUAUGCGAUAAAAGAGAAACCUCUUCUGGCUGAGGAUAUGCAGGGAGGCCAAGAUUACAUUGUUCUCAAAACCUUAGACACUGAUAGUAUUCGCAUUAUUGGAAGUGUGCUUGGCCAAAGCAUUGCUCUGGACCAUUUUGUUUCACAGGUUGAUGGAAUGGUUGAAGAGUUUGCUGGCAUAAAUCGUGCAAUGGAAAAAACUGGGACUUUCACAAUGGAUAGGAAAAAGCUCCUUCAACUUGUUGGGAAGGCUAAUUCAAAUCUAGCUGAUGUGAUUCUUAAAGUUGGUCUUUUUGAGAGAUCUGAAAUUGCUUGGAGGGAUGCAAAAUAUUCUCAAAUAUACGAGUACCUGAGGGAGGAGUAUGAAGUUACACAACGCUUUGGAAAUCUGGAUUUCAAAUUAAAAUUUGUAGAGCACAACAUUCAUUUCCUUCAAGAAGUUAUCCAAAACAGACGAUCAGAUCUUCUGGAAUGGUGCAUUAUUUUCCUGCUGAGCAUAGAGAAUAUCAUAUCAAUAUAUGAGAUAGUUCAAGGAUGA